CCUAAUUUUUUUUCUUCCAUUCAGCAGAGUGGAGUUCAAAACUCAGGAACGAUUGGAGAUUGCUAUCACACUCUUCCGUUGACAGAGGUAAGUUUUCAUCAAAACCCCUCGUUUCUCCCUCAAGAAUGUUUCUUCUUCUUUGCGCCAGAAGGCUAAACCAGGUUAGGAGUGCUGGAGAUUUUACCAAUCACAUCCAUCUCGAUUUUAUCCAAAAUCCUUUUCUGAAACGCUUCUCAACCUCAAUAGAUGGACGCUCUUUCACAGUAUCCUACCUCAUAAACUCAUGUGGGUUGUCAAAGGAAGCCGCUGUAUCUGCAUCCAAGUGGGUCCAGUUUGAAUCCUCGGACAAACCAGACUCAGUCCUUUCCUUCCUUAGAAGCUACGAGUUUACCGAUACCCAAAUCUCUAGAAUCAUCAGAAAUCGGCCGAUGCUUCUCAUUCUUGAUCUUGAGAAAAUCCUUAAGCCCAAAUUUGCGUUUUUGUAUUCUGUAGGAUUUUCUCCACCUGACCUUGCAAAGAUAAUCUGUUCCGACUCGAGUAUAUUGACGUUUAGCUUAAAAAACCAAAUUAUGCCUUCUUUUGAGUAUCUUAAGGGCAUAGUUCAUACAAACGACAAUGUCGUCACUGUUCUCAAACGCUUGAAGUGGGCUUUUAGAUCCUGCCACUGGAAGCAUAUGGACCACAACAUCGCGACUCUUCGUGAUUAUGGUGUGCCUGAACGAUUCAUCUUGAGCGUUAUAAGGUCUCAGCCUCAGUCACUUACUCGUCCACCUGAUCUGUUCAAUAAGAGUGUCAAAGAAAUUAAGGAUCUCGGAUUCGACCCUUCAAAAUCAGUUUUUGCUCGAACAGUUUCUAUAAUAACAUUAAACAAAAAAUCAACGAUUGAAAGAAAGUUGGAUAUCUUUAAGAAAUUUGGUUGUUCUGAGAGGGAGAUAAUCUCAAUGAUAAAAAAGCAUCCAUUUUGUCUGGUGCUGUCGGAGAAGAAGAUACUAAGAGGGAUGGAUUUUCUGAUGAACAAAAUGGGCUUGGAACCGUCAUUUAUUGCCAACAACCCAAUACUUAUCUGUUUUAGUUUAGAGAAGAGGAUAAUUCCAUGGUAUUCAGUAAUACAAGUAUUGCUAUCAAAGGGACUUAUCAACAAGGAUAUCAACGUGGUUCAAGCUCUCAGGUUAAGUACUAGAGGUUUCAUGGAAAAGUUUGUGAUUAGAUACCAGAAGGAAAUUCCACAACUAAUGAAGAUAUAUGAAGGUGAGAUGGACUGCUUGGAACUAAUCAAUCGAUCUGAAGAAAUGGACAACUGAAGAAGUUUUAGUGUGUUCAUUUUACAAUUUUGCUUAAGAUAUUCAAUUCCCAACAGAUCUCAGUUUGAUAACAUUCCCCUUUUUGUGCUUCACUGAAAUUGCAUUCAACACCAUUGUGCUUUUCUUACAACCUCGCCUUUAAUGAGCAAGAAUAGAGGGUUAAAUGCAUAGAGAUUGAAGGCCAUGGAGACAAACAAAUGACAAGGAGAAAAAAGUCCUAUGUAGUGUCUUUGGAUGAAAAAGAGUUAGGCAGUAGGCACUCAGAUACUGUUGUAGCUCAGAGCUUUCUAGUUGGUUAUGCAUGAUGCUGAGUCUGAGGCCUAAAGUUUGGCUGAUAAUGAUCAGCUUUUAGUUCCUCUUUUCUACUCUAUGUCGCUUUAUAUCUUUCAUAUAUUGUUUGUGUGAAUAUCUGACCAUGCAUUGCCAAUGUUAUACAAACUGUGAUAUCUCAUCCAGAGACAGCCAAAGCUCAUGAAGGUACAAGCUGGUGCAGCUUAUUGAAUCAGUUGAUGUAUUUAUUGCUGAAGAUUAUCAAAAAUGUAGUUACCACCGAACUGGGAUUCAAUCCUGUCGUCAUCUUCCCCACUCCACCCAAAAGUUUGCCUAGCAAACGUAAAGACAAGACAAAGUUCACAGGAAUUGUAUGCAAAAGAUUGCUUUGUUCUGUAUAUUUGUCAAGCAAGGUUCUCAUAUUCUCAGUGUGAUUACAGUUUUGAAAUUGAGCAAGAACUUCAUGGAGUUCCUAACCGAUUACCAAUGGGAAGUCACUGGCCUUGAGGAAACUGGUGCGUUGUGGAAUGUAGACUGUUAGCUUUCAAUUGUAUCUGCAAUUUCCAAUUUGAUACAGUAUAAGGGGGAUUGACUCUUUGCUCAAAUAGAUUGACCCACUGCUUUUCUUCGUAGGUUUCUCUCUUCUAAGCAAAUGAUUUAUCAUAUAUGUGAACUUGGCAGGGUCCUUUUUGAUCUACAUUGUCUUGCGCCCUUGAUUGCUAACAUGAAUUAUAUUAGUAAUAUAAGUUCCCCUGUUUUGCACUUUCGUGAGAUGAUAUGCUGUUUGGACCAAGAAGGAACCCAUCUUCUCAUAGCUCCAGCAAAGUUGAACCUCCUUUGCUUGUUGUGGGAUGAAAAUAUUUUGAAUUUGCAUGAGACAAUGCUAUGGAACGAGAAAUUUUGAAAAAUUGCACUUGCUGCUCUUAAUAUCAUUGUCUAUCAACUAGUUGGUAAGGUCUCUUGCUGGCCGUAGCAGAGACUUGGGAUUGAAUCUCGCCUACACCUGGAUUGGGGGAUGGUCUAUCCCCUGCUGUGUAGCCCUUCAAAAGAAAUCACAAAAAAAAUCAUUGUCUAUCAGCUCUGAUACCUAGACAAUUGUACAUGCACUUGGAUGAUCACGAUAAACCCAUAAGUUAUAUGUAGGGAAUUCAUGGAUCUUCCCUAACAUUCACUUCGAACUUCCGAGCUUUUGAUUGCAGGUCUCCCUAACAGCCGAGGUCUCCUUCAGUUGCCGAGGUUUCCCUCAACUCCUGAAGUGCUGAGCCAAGGUCUCCCUCAGUAGCCGAGGUGUCGAGCCGAGGUGACACCUUAUGUACAUAUAUACUCAAUUAGGCUCAUGAGCCUCACGAUAUGAGCUUUAUUAAGUGCAAGCUCGGCUCGAAUAGCAAACGAGCCCAUAUAUUAGGCUUGAAGCUUGGUUUAGACCAAGCUGAGCUGAUCUCUAACAGCUCAUGAACAGCUCGGCUCAUGGCCAUCCCUAGUUAGGGCAUAUAUUACCCUAACCCAACCUAACUUCAAGAUGGUGACUCCAUUCCAAGAACUUCCUCUAACUGCUGAUGAUGUAUCAAGGUGAGGGAUCAUUAGUCAAUAGAAUUGAAGAAAUAAGUGGGAUGAAAAAGUUGGAAGAUUGAAGAUUGACUACACGGAUUUUCAGAAACCUACAACACCUGGUCAUCAAUUUAAGACUGUUAUACAACAUAUGAGUUCCCACCCUGCCUUUCCGAUGGAUCUUUUUUUUAAGCCCAUUUGAUUUUUAGUUGAAGGGUCAUUUAGCUCGAAAACCAUUGAAAGAAGUACCUGAUGAAACAUUCACAGUAUGUUGGAAAGGUCCACAACCAUCCAAAUCUUUCAGUGAUAUCAAGGGGCAGUCUGACUAGCCUUGUGACAAUGACAGACGUCUGGAACUGGAACACACCUUUUCUGAUUUUCUCUUUGACUGUCCAUAAAGGGGCCGUCUGACUAGACAAAUAUUCUCUGUUUAUUCAACAGCAAGGAUCCUGCAACUUGUGCUUUUCAGAAAUGAAGCUUCAAUUCAGGAAAACUACAAUGAAUAAAAUAGAAGAUCAAAUUACUUUGUCUUCCCUUUUCAUGUUUCAAAUACACAAAGCAUUGGAGGGUUGUUGCUAAUUAGGUGCUGGAUGUGUGAAUAAGAAACCUUAUGGUUACUAGUCAACCAGGGCAAGCAACAAUGGUACUAAAGUGGGGCCCAAGGAAGGUUAGUUGGACUGAGCCCACAUGCCUUUAUGUUUUGUCCCUGGCUAGUAGAACUAUAUAAACAACAUGGUAAUUAUAGACUUGGAUUGGAAAUCAAUUGAGAUCACUGUUCACCCAAAAUCCAUGGUGGCAGGGGUUAUUCAAGA